UGUCGAGAGUAGUCUCCCUUCCGCUGUCGUCACUGGGCGCACCGCCGUGUCGUGCUCAGUGUUUACCUCGCUCAUCUUCUCUGUUAUCACUCGCUGUGCUCUGUAUUAUCACUCACUGUGUUUUCAUUGAUCACUCGGCGUUCACCUCGCUGAACUUCUCUGUUAUCAUCGCGUGCUGUCCGCUAAGUUGGAAGACGAACCUGUGUGUACUCGUGAUGAUGAGAGCAAGGGUCAGGUGUACUAGUCAUCACUUUCUUAUUUUGUGAAAAUUUGGCGAUGUAUGAGACACAGCUACUGUACAGUCAGGGAUGUCUUGUUUACAUCAGUCAGGAAAAUCAUUUUAUUUCUUUGAGAGUCUUUAGGUUGAACUAUACGAAACAACUGAGCUGCAUAGCAGAGACCAAGGGCUUAUUACACACUUCAGAACACAAAUGGAUGCUGAAUUCCUGUGCAAACUCUGUCGAUUGUUUGACAGGCGAUGUUGUCAUAUGUCUGUUAGCUUCUCACUUAGAUGACAAGGGAAGUUUCAGACUAUUGAAUGUCAGACUAGACGGCUGCGGUGUGAUGGACAACAGGCGACUUGCAUUACAUAAACCCACAGUUGGACGCUUGGAGAUAUCAUCCUGGGCAGAAUUCAGCAGUGUUCCGGGAGAUCUUGAUGUGCAUGAACACAAAAUAAUUCUUGUUAAUGGACCUUGUGUGCUUUUUCUCAAAAGUAAUCGAUUGACAGUUGUCUCGCGAAGAUUAAAUGAAAGUAAAAUUACAAAACAAGUGCAGACAAUUUUUGACGAAGACAGAAUGAAGACCAGCAACAGAUUGACAUCUACAAUCUUAUGCGUGAAAUCCAAUGAGGAUUGGAUUGUCAUAAUUCUUUUAAUCCAAAGAAAAUGUGGACAGUCCAGGAAUAUGGAUUCAAGGGCCAAUGACACAGUACAGGCAAUAGCUCUUGAAAGGCGGGGUAAUGAUGAAAACUUUUUGGUGAAGACUCUCCCAAACAAGGCUUUCUUCCCGGAAGAAUAUGCAGCCAAGAUAUCUGCAGCCUUAAUAAAAUCCUGCCAGAAGAGUUGUGAAAAGGAUACAGUCAAUGAAGUUCAUUAUAAAACUGACUGUGUGAUAGGUUUGAUUGAUGGCUAUGUCCUACUUUUUCACCAUGGAAACAUGCAAGCAUGCAUCAUGUUGCAGUCCACAGGCCAAGACUGUUACUAUGGGUUGCAGCAUUUUUCGGUAGAGCGAAUUUGGAACAUGGAAAGUGCAAGUGUUCUUAUCUGCCACACAAGCAGAAAGGAAUGCUUUGCUGUCAGCAGUAUAAACCACAAGGUAAACCAAACCUGGUCAAAAGUCAAAGAAGUCCUCAUAGGAGAUUUCUUGCAGCAUGGAGGGCAACAGCUCUUAUUGUUGUUUGAUAGCUGGUCUUUACAGCAGCCAGACACAGAAUUUCUCCUAACAGACCUGCAAGGCUUUGUGCUGGACAAGCGGCACCAUUCUUUGACAGUUUCAAAGAAAAGCACAAGUUCCAUUCAGCAAAAGUGCGCCUUCUCGGCCCUCAUAGAACAAAAUAAAACUAUUGUGAGGCUUACUGCUGAAGAGGAACAGAGACUUGUUACAAAAGAGAUCUUCCUGCAAGAGUUUUGGAAACAUCUCCAGACUCUCAGUCUCUGUCAGAAAAAGGCUUCACCAGAAUUACCUCAUCCAGAGGUCCCUUUGAUCCCACUGGUUGGAAAGAAACAUAUUUAUGGGAGACAUCCUUCUGGGCUGCACAAUCUACAGGAAGAUAUUGAGGUGACCUCUGUGUGGCACAGGGUCAUUGAUAGUGCGUGUAUUGUUGGUGUCGCCAUAGUCAACAGAUCUGAACGAAUGCUUUGGGGUUUGCACCUAACCCUCCACACUUCAUCAUCAGUGCAUCAGUUCCAAACUGCACUGUCAUCUACUUCCAAGACGUGGCACUUUUGUGAUAGAGAGUUGUCAUCCUCUGUCAAGACCUGCUUUGACUCUGGCAAGAGUCAGCAUCUGGAACCCAGGCUGCUGAUACAGCAGGUAAACAGCCUACUGCCAGGACAGGCUGCCACCAUUACCUGCACGUUUCUAAUGCCACCUCUUGGUCUGUCUGGUGACAUGGAGUGUCUGCUGUAUCUGCAUGCUUACUCUCCACAGUCUAAUGGCACUACGCUUUACAGCCAUAGUCCAUCAGAACAAGCAAAUCCCAAGGAGGAAUGUUGGGAUGCCAUAGAGCUGCAGCCCUCUGUAUCAUCAAACCUUUGUCAGCCUUUUUGGGGUAAAACCAGCAAGUUGGAAUCUGGGCUUCAGGAGGAAAGGAAGAUGGUGUGUUGUGGUACUCUGACCCUGAAGGCACAGGAUGAAAUGAUGAAACCCAUGAAUUUAUUGCAGCCCACGCAGGGACCAGCGUUUAGAAAUGGUGACUUCCUUGCCAUGGCAGCAACUCAAAGUAGCUGGAGCAUUUUGGUGACCUUUCACCUACAUGACCCCAGCAUCAUCAACAGCUGUAUUGAAAGAGCUGGGCUGGAAUACCAAGAACAGGCGGGCCAUUACAUCUUUCUCCAAGCAUCUGCAUCUUUUCUUCACUUGACUCGUAUAGCAGUCACAGACAUUGCAUGGUACCCCAAGAAACAAGCAUCACUGCUUGUCUUUGCAAAGGAUUCCAACCAGAUGCUCAUGCUGCUACAACAUCUCAUCAGCCACCUUCCUGAUGAUGCUGUCUUCAGUUCCCAAGGAUCUCAAAACCAAAGAUCUCAUUUUGAAUGUUUGAUCAGGACUAUGUCUGCUGAGUUAAGUCUACUCAAGAAGCACUUGCAAUCUUUGUUGCCAUCCCACCAGCUGUCGUCAAAAGCACCACAAGAGAAAGACAACUGUGCUGCAAAGCCAGGUGCUUUUUCCUCAGAAUCAGAGACAUUUACUCAAGUGCAAAAGCACUAUUGGCAAAAGCAGGAAUACCUACUCAAGGAGUCUGCUGUUCAAAGUUUCUUCAGCAUUGCAGAAGAAUGUCAAAGAGAGACAGACAAAUCAAUGGCUAAAUUAUGUUCUAAAUCUUGAGCAUUCAGCUCAGACCCUGACCUAACUGAACUGUCCUGGAGAAGACUGGAAGAAAGUGACCAUCAGUGGCGUAGGAAGAUGCUCAGCUUUAGCAGGGUGCGAACUCCAUGCUAAUGAUGAUGAUGAUGAUGAUGUAGUUUUAUAGCGCGCUAGUAUCCGCAUCACAAAGAUGCGCUCAAUGCACGG